AUGGAAAGAGGGCAACGUGGACUGACAGAACAUCUCAAACAGGUUCUCGGUGUCUGGUACUCAAUCAUUGCCCUCCUCAUGGGUCAUUAUGGAGGAGGAUUACACUGGUGGGAUGUCCCCGAUGAGAAAAAGAUCCCGUUCCAAAAGACUAUCUACGUAACGAUGGUCAUGUAUGGCCCGACAGCCUAUCUCACCAAAGUGUGCCUCCUCUGGAUCAUGACUCGUGUUUUCAACCACUUCCAAAAAUGCGUCCGAUUUAUUAAGAUCUUUAUGGGUCUCAUGCUGGCCUACUCCAUCCCCGCUGUCAUUGUCAAGAUACGAAUCUGCAGCCCCAUCGCCAAAUUUUGGGACCAGAGGAUUGAUGGCAUAUGUUUAGACCAGACGUCGAUUAUCUUGACUGAUGCCGUCGUCAGUGUAUUCAGUGACGUGAUCAUUCUCCUCUUGCCAUUUCCUUUGACGUGGACUCUGCAAGUCUCUGCGAAGAAAAGGAUGCGCGUGAUGGUGAUUUUGGGGGCGGGCGGCCUGGCUGUGACGGCCAGUAUCGUCCGGUUGGCACUAAUUGUCAUGACCGGACAGUCGGCGGAUGUUUCUCGGGCGUUUAUGAGAAUCAACAUGCUGGGUAACGCAGAAGUCUCUAUCGGCAUUAUCUGCACCUGUCUCCCUUCCCUCUCGACUCUCAUCGUUCGCAUCUACCACAAAUUUUCUAGCAACAAAGCAACCCGUGAGUCCAAGUACAAAAUGAGCUUGCGAAACCAGAGCACAAGGAGCCGAAGCGACAAUCAAAUGAAUGCUAGGGCGAUGGCCAGUUCAGAUGAUGAUGUGCUCAUGUACAGUUUGCAGGGAAAUUCGAAGAUUGAGACAAUCAUCCGCGGUAAUAGUGAGCGAGGUCCGCCAAAAUUAGCAUUUGAUGGCAUAGGAGUGACUCAGUCUGUUGAUGUGUCGACUUCCGUGGAGCCUCUAUGA